CGCAGUGUACACCAUCUCCACGUUUUGGUAAAGGAGGCGGCGUCGUUGCCGGAGUGCACGAGUUGUACAUCGCCGUUGAUCGUACGACGAUCAGCUGGAGACGCAGCUCGUCGUUAGCCCCCUUCAUUUUCCCCCCAUCCCCCCUCCGCCGUCGUCACCCUCCCUGUCGUCGGUUCGUGAUCCGGAGGGUGAUCUGUAACGAGACCUGAUACACCGCGCACGAGGAUUUCCGGACGGAUUUUUCGUCGGUGGGGGAGAGGACGCGCCGUCGUCGCCGCCAGCCGCUCGACGAACUCGCGAUUAUUUUCUUCCCGCGGCUGGCCCGCCGUCCGCUCGUCACUCUGCUCCGAAGUGACGCGGCCCUUUCUCCUUGAUGUGUACGACGACGACGACGAGGCGGAGGACGGUCGGUAGUCACGCGGACGACGCUCUCGCCGGCGAUACCAGCGUUUCCGAGUCGAGUGACACCUAGCACGAGGAGCGUUCGUUGCGGGGACAACAGGGUGGCGAGUUCGGUACGACGAUACUUGCCCCGCGUAUCGGUGGUGAUGUUGUCGAUGUUCUUUCCUCGUGACGUUGGUGUUUAAAUGUAACGAGUACUGACCACGCGCGACGUUGUCGGGCUCUCUCUCGUUCAAACCGCGAGCUUACGAUUUAGUGCUAUUUCUUCGUUCUUCGUUCCAAGACACGAGAUUUGUUCCACCGUUCGGUGUACCGCGAAUUAACUCGACGUUUUCGUAGACCAGUCAGUUGAAGCGUGAUCGAAGACACGUGGAGCGGAUCGCUCUUAGCUCACGUGGUCGUCGACACUGCGACGUACCGGCGGCGCUCGUGGUCGUACGACUGCGACUCUCGCGUACGUUCCGCGGGUAGUUUAACUCGUUGUGAGAGUGAUUACACGAAUAGGAGGAUUUUUUUUCCCCCCCUCGAGCAAUACUCGAUAUUCAUGGUGCCUCUGGGCACGAUCAAUCCGAACGUGAACGUGAACUGUACUCGGUGAGUGUUUGCUUGUGAGGACAAGCGUUUCGUUUGUGCGCGACUACAACGCGUUCCCCAUUCUAUCGUCGACGCUUCGUUAAGCGUACAUGUCGCGAAUAGAAGGAGAGGGAUGACGACGAACGACCAUCGCGAUUCCGUCGAAGGGGACAACGUGGACUCGUGAAGAACGGCGAACGCGACUGUGUGAGACUACGAGACGAGGGACACGGCGGCUUGCGACUCUUCGUGGGACUUCCGAGAUCCGCAAGCACGCGGAAUCAACCAGGCAGCGUGGAGCGCUCGGCGAUUGUGUGGCCGCGCGCCGCGGACCUUUAUCUCUAUCAACCAGGCUGUGCGUUCCUCACCUACUACAGCCGUGACAGCGCAAUCAGCGCCCAGAACGCUCUGCAUGAGAAGCGGACUUUACCAGGGGGUGUGACGGGCGACCGGCUGGCCGGGGGCGCCGCACACCUCCUCCACCUCUUCUUCUUCUUGCCACGACCACAACACACAAUGUAACAACAACUACUACUACUACUACUACUACUACUACUAGUGUCGUCCGCGCGAACCACGUUCUCAAUGUACUCGAUGUGAUGAACCGUCCUAUCCAAGUGAAGCCAGCGGACAGUGAAAACCGCGGAGACAGAAAGCUGUUCGUUGGUAUGUUAAGCAAGCAACAAACUGAAGACGAUGUGCGACAGCUGUUUACUACCUUCGGUUCAAUAGAGGAGUGCACCAUCCUCCGUGGACCCGACGGAAGCAGCAGAGGCUGUGCCUUCGUGAAACUUUCGUCGCACCAAGAAGCACUGGCAGCAAUAAACUCUCUACACGGUAGCCAAACUAUGCCGGGUGCGUCAUCCAGCAUAGUGGUAAAAUUCGCAGACACUGAUAAAGAGAGACAAAUAAGACGCAUGCAGCAAAUGGCCGGGAACAUGAGCAUCCUUAACCCCUUCUUCAAUCAUUUCGGCGCUUACAACGCUUACGCUCAGCAGCAAGCAGCGCUCAUGGCAGCAGCGACUGCACAAGGAACGUACAUCAAUCCAAUGACCGCGUUGGCUGGACAGUUACCGCAUACAUUGAACGGCAUGCCAAAUCCUGUGGUUCCACCAACCUCUGGUUUGCUCGUAGGUACCGGCACAGGGCAACCGGUUAACGGAGCACUACCGUCGUUACCGUCGCCAACGAUGCCCAAUUUUAACAUGGCCGCUCAAACGCCGAACGGCCAGCCAGCAGGUUCGGAUCCAGGUGUCUACACCAACGGAAUACCGCAGACUUAUGCGGGACAUGCCCUCCAUCUGUCCAUUCCAGCGCAGGGGUUGGCCAACGGGGAGGCGGCACUUCAGCAUGCCGCCGCGUAUCCUGGAAUGCAGGCUUAUGCUGGAGUGGCCGCUUACCCCGCCGUCUACGGCCAGUUUCCUCAGGCUAUUCCUCAGCCGAUGACCGCGGUGGCACCCACGCAGAGGGAAGGAUGCUCUAUCUCAGGACCCGAGGGCUGCAACCUGUUCAUCUACCACCUGCCCCAGGAGUUUGGUGACGGCGAGCUCAUGCAGAUGUUCCUCCCGUUUGGCAACGUCAUCUCAUCCAAAGUUUUCAUCGACCGGGCGACCAACCAGAGUAAAUGCUUUGGUUUCGUGUCGUUCGAUAAUCCAGCGAGCGCGCAUGCAGCGAUCCAAGCGAUGAACGGCUUCCAAAUAGGGAUGAAACGAUUAAAAGUCCAAUUGAAGAGGCCCAAGGACGCCAGCCGGCCAUACUAACCCACGUCCUAGCCUAGAAAAUCUGGACGAGUCGCGCCCUAUGUCGUAACUAACAGAAUGUCGUCCGAGAACGUGAACUCGAUGGACGCUCGACGAUCAGGAGUGACGAGUUGAAUCACCGUUACAACGCUCUCCGCCGUAACAACUUAGUAUACUAGCUAGUUAAUUCAUUAGAGGGUAAAAAUUUAGAAGUCAGUAGGACAGCAACGGCUUCAACGUCGUUGAAGUUCGUGCGGCGGCGGCGGCGAAGAGGCUGAAACGAAUGCGAUGAAGGAUGUUCUGCGCUGAACCCAGUCCGAGAAGAAGAGUCGAAGAGAGAAGAGAACGAGACACGCUGAGACGACGUUUCCCAGAUGUUCAGAUAAUCGGAAUCCAACAUCGAUAUACAACAUCGGCUUUCCCCUGUCUCCUUUUCGUCCAAUCCCACACUACUACAAAUCUGCAUGUUUCUUUCUGUCCUCCGCGAGUCUAGCCUCUGGUCCCUACUGCCAGGUGAGAGAUUACGUUUGAACUCGAGGACGAGGGCGCGAAUGGACAUGAGCGUGCAGCGAAACCUGUCGCGAACAUUUCGAGGAUCCGGAGAGAUCUACCAGAAGCACUGGAAGUAUUAAAACCGAUCAUGUCGUCCGGAUACAUGGCGACACCGUUAUAGUUACACGCGCGAGUCACGACAUCGCGCCGCGACGAUCGUCCAGCCGACAUCAAACCGACAAUAGCUAAAUCACGAAAUAUCCCGUCGAUAAAACGCCCCUAGGAGUCUCGUCCUGUUCGUUGCCAGUCCGCCUAUGCGCGAUGCAAAGCGCGGAAAAGAUGCCAUGACAGAGGAAAAUUUGCCCAACUCGUACAUCCGGACAGAUUGAUCCUCGACGAGGACCCUCGACGAGGCCGGAUCGUCGUAUCCGUUGGCCGGACAGAACAGCUCCGACGAUCGUCGUAGUACGAGAGGCUGGCGAAUCUUCUGUACUCGUACGCAGCGAACGAUUUUGUCGUCGCGAUGAAGAUCCCGCGCGACGACGACGACGACGACGGGACGGAUAAAUAAUCCCCGCGCGACUGAUGAAAGUAGGAUAAAAUGCAGGCUCGUCCCGAAGACGCGGACGAGGUCCGAUAUCUCUCUCCCAAAAAGACAAAUGUCAAUCAUACGCUAUACAGGGUGCUCGUCUGACGAAACGCGUCUGAAAACUUUGAAAAAAAGAAAAAGAAAAAAAUACAAAAAAAAAA